UUGGCUACACAGGAUCCGUGGGAGAGCCGGCGCUCCAGCUGGACGAGCAUCAGCCGAGCCUCCAGCCUGCACCGGAGGAGCCAGUCAGGGGAGAUGGAGUCGCUGCUCUCCGACACACACACCAGCUCCAACUACAGCAGCAGGGACCAGUCUCUGGACCAGGCGGACUACCUGCAGGUGCCCGUGCUCCACUCCCCCGACUGCAACGGCACCACCUUCCACCUCCCGGACCCCGACGACGCUAACGUGAGCACAAACUGCAGCGACACCCAGGACGAGGACGAGAUUGAAGAGAGUGUCUGUAAGAAGUUGAAGAAGAUUCUGGAGCCAUACGAGCCUCAGUGGUGCCUGGACCAUGAAGAGUGGUCUCUCUAUGUGUUCGCUCCUCACAACCAGUUGAGGCUGUGGUGUCAGAGGGUCAUCGGACACAAGCUGUUUGAUCAUGUCAUCCUCCUCUUCAUCUUCCUUAAUUGCAUCACUAUUGCACUGGAGAGACCCGACAUACAGUCCAACAGCAUG